AUGCUCCUAGAGGAGGCCAAGGCUUUGGCCCGGGUCCGGCACCCGAACGUAGUGCACCUCCUCGGUGUCUGCACUGAUUCUCGCAGCCCAAUGAUGCUUCUUUCUUUGGCUGCCGGCACUCUGGUCGAUGAGUUGGACGCUGCCGAGGCGUCAGGCGUGCCGAUGGCUGUCGGCCGAAAACUCCAACUCGCCCGUGACAUUUGCGCCGGGAUGGCUGCGCUGCACGCUCGCGGAAUUUUGCACCUUGACCUCAAGCCGGCGAACGUGCUGAUCAGCCGCGCUGGGGAGGCGCUCGUCGCCGACUUUGGCUUGUCAAUACAGCUGAGGACGACGCUAACUGGCGCGUCCCUCGCUGCCAGCGCCGUCGCAACCGCUGCAGGCGCCCGUGGCACCAUGGCGUACAAGGCGCCAGAGUUGUCACGGCCUAGGGGCAAGGGGGGCGCCGUCUAUGCGAAGCCAUGCGAUGUGUAUUCGUUUGCAAUGCUGCUGUGGGAGCUGUUUGCGGGUGGUCCACCUUGGGCUGGCAUGCCGGAGAUG